AUGUCAGUUUAUUUCCCAACUGAGAACGAACUAAUCAAUUGCCCAAUCACUGGAGACCUCAGGAUUGGAAAGAAUUUAGAUAAUUAUGGCAGAAGCGGAGGCGCUGCUGGGACAAGAACUAAUUUUAACCAUAAUACAUUCAAGCAAAGACUAGGGGAUACAGCCAUGACUUUCUCCUCAGCGAGUGGAGGUCAAAACAGGGUCAGAGAUUAUUUAACUAAAUCAGGUGUAUUUCAUCCAAAGCUGUAUAGAAAUGAUGCAAUUCCACUUCUUAGAGAUGAAAACGCAACAAAUGGAAGACUCUCAGAAAAUAAAUUGAUAAAAUAGCGUAGCCAGAAGAUCUCUAUCUAAUCACAGAAUUGGAGAUACUUCCUUAUAUCUUGAAGACCAAGAUUACAUCAACUUGCGCCAAACAUUUGAUAGAAAUAGCAAGAUAUUACGUGAAAAAAGACGAAUGAAAGAACCAAGUAAAUAUGGUGAUUUUUUCUCAAAUGAGUCUUUUCAAAGAAAUAAUAGCCAAAUGCCUCACAACAGUGAUUCAAAAGUACCUUCAACUUUGCAAAGAUUUUCCCCUCAGGAGACCCAAUCAAAGCCUAAAUUCCAACACAACUUAAUGCUACCGACCAGGAAUGGGAGAGAAUUUAAGAAACUGCUAAGCGGGAGCAAAAAUAAGUUCCUAGAAAUGAUGAAAAAUAAACACAGAUUAGAUACCAUUAACUUUAAACCCGCUAAAAAUACAGCUACUAUAAAGCCCAUGGCUGAGGAGAUUCUUGAAAGAGGCAGCAGGUAUAAAUCAAUGGAUGAGAAGGCUACUCCCAAACCUCACGUUCCUAGAAGAAAUCUGAACAACUAUACACAUUUAGCUAAUAGGGCUUCAUCUAUUUCUCGAAUAAAGGCUCCAACUGUUCCCAUGAAUAGUUCUAAGACUAUCGAAUCUCCUGCUCCUAAAAUUGAACAAAAACAGACUAAUAUACCUGAGAUAUCAUCAAAACCAGCCUUAGCUUCUAAGAGUAUCCUCAAGAGAACUCUUAAUAAAGCCUACAAAACCACUAGCUUCCCUAAAAUGAGGAAUAGUUUUGCAGCACAGCCUCAAAAGAAGGAAGAGAUUAAAAUUCAGGAAAGCUUUGCUUCCAGGAAUGCUGAUCAAAUCUCAAACCAGAACAUAACAAAUUAUCCCACUACGAUUCCGUCAUCUACAAUAUUUCCGAAGAGGACAGCCAAGCGCGCCAUGCAAAAAGGCUUUGCGAAGACCACAAAAGUGAUUAAACCUACAGACCAGUCUUUGGUUGGUUAGAAUAUAUUCAACUUAGA